AUGGGCGACAUUCCCCCACGCAAGCGCCGUAGCGGCAAGCACCGCGACUCGGAAAUUGACUCUGUCAGCGACUACUCUGUGCGCUCGUCGCUGGUGCGCACGCCCGCGUCGCACGGCUCCGCUGAUGUCGACAUUUUUGGUGCCUACCGCGUCAACAACUCCAACGGCGUUUCAGUCGAGGAUGGUCGCUACGCGGCGUACGCCCCAUCGACUGAGUCGCUAAUCCACAUGCUCGAGAACAAGAAGACCUACCGGCCAACCGGCUCGGUGACCUCGUUCUCGCGCAGCGCCUCUUGGGUGUCCAACACAAACGGUGGUUUUAUCGACUUCCAGAACAAUGCCGAGGCGUUUGUCAGCAACGACGCGCCCUACCCGGCCUGGAGUGACCCCAACCAGAUUCCGCUGUCGAAGGAGGAGAUCGAGGAUGUGUUCCGCGACCUGGCGGCCAAGCUCGGCUUCCAGCAGGACAACAUGCGCAAUAUGUACGACGCCAUGAUGACUAUGCUCGACUCGCGCGCGUCGCGCAUGAGCCCGACGAUGGCGCUGCUGACGCUCCACGCCGAUUACAUUGGCGGAGACCACGCAAACUACCGCCGCUGGUACUUCUCGGCGCAGCUUGACCACGACACACCGCCUGUGCGUGAGCAGAUCGACCCGAAGCAGCAGCACGAGAUCCUCGAGGAGGAGGGCGAAUCGCAAAAGGAUUCACCCAAGGCAUUUGUCGAGAAGUGGCGCGCGCAGAUGAACUCCAUGUCGCAGUACGAGCGCGCGCGGCAGAUUGCCCUGUGGAUGCUCAUCUGGGGUGAGGGUGGCAAUUUGCGCUACACAGCCGAGCUGCUGUGCUUUAUCUUCAAGCUUGCCGAGGAUUACGUCAAGUCGCCGGCCGUGCAGCAGAGAGCCGAGCCCGCACCCGAGGGCGAGUACCUGUGCAACAUCGUCUGCCCUCUGUACAACUUCUUGCGUGAUGAGGGCUACGAGAUUGUCAACGGCAAGUUCCUCAAGCGCGAGCGCGACCACGCAAAGACUAUUGGUUACGACGACGUCAACGAGCUGUUCUGGACGCCCGAGGGCCUCCGCCAAAUCAAGUUUGAAGACAAGACGCUGCUGAUGGAUGUUGGCCCGAACGAGCGCUGGGCGCGCAUGAAGGACGUCAGCUGGAAAAAGUCGUUCACCAAGACAUACAAGGAGCGCCGCACGAUGUGGCAUUUCAUGACCAACUUCUCGCGCAUCUGGGUUAUGCACGUCACUGUGUACUGGUACUACAUUAUCUAUGUGGCAGACUUCCUCUACGACCCGAUGUUCGAGUGGCAUGACGUGCAGUCAACCCAAGGCAAGUCCAAGGGUGCCCUCGUUGAUCUGCCCAGCCGGGUUGCCAAGCGCUACACGCUGAUGGCUGCCGGUGGCGCCCUGGCUCCUUUCAUCUGUCUGCUCGGCACGUUUGCCGAGAUGAUGUUUGUCCCGCUCAAGGGCCACAACCAGCGUGCCCUGUGGCUGCGCGCCCUGCUGUUUAUCGUUAUCUUGGCAGCCGACAUUGCUCCGUCCUUCUGGAUCUGGCCCAACGGCGACGACCCUAACUUUGACUUGGCCGUGGCCAUUGUCCAGUUCAUCUACUCGGUCAUCUUUACGAUUUUUAUGGCCAUCAUGCCGCCUGCGCUGAUGUUUAAGCCGCGCAGCAAGAACCGUGACGGCCGUGGUCUGAUCAACCGCACGUUCGCCGGUAACUUCCCGCCGCUGAAGAUUGCUGCUCGCUCCAUCUCGCUCAGCCUGUGGGGUACCAUUUUCCUGUGCAAGUACCUCGAGUCCUACUUCUUCUUGGCGCUAUCGUUCAAGGACCCCUUCCGCUGGUUAUACCAGUUCAACAUGGAUCCCAGCCUGUGCACAGAAAAGUAUCUUGGCUCCAACCUUUGCGUGAACCAGAACCUCAUUACCCUGGGAUUUAUGCUCCUUCUUGACCUGGUCCUGUUUUUCCUCGACACCUAUCUGUGGUACGUCGUGUGGAACACCGUCUUUUCAGUUGCCCGGUCUUUCUACCUUGGUAUCUCGAUCUGGACGCCCUGGCGCAACGUGUUCUCGCGCCUGCCCAAGCGCAUCUACGCCAAGAUCCUGGCCACGGCCGACAUGGAGGUUAAGUACAAGCCCAAGGUACUGUGCUCGCAGAUCUGGAACGCGGUGGUCAUCUCGAUGUACCGCGAGCACUUGCUUUCUGUCGACCACGUGCAGAAGCUUCUGUACCAGCAGGUCACCAGCGAGGAUGACGGCAAGCGCACCCUCAAGCCGCCUGCCUUCUUUGUCGCGCAGGACGAUGCCGCUUUCUCCGAGGAGUUUUACCCGUCGCACUCGGAGGCUGAGCGCCGCAUUUCGUUCUUUGCCCAGUCUUUGUCCUCAGUGCUUCCGGAGCCCGUGCCCGUCGAAAACAUGCCCACGUUUACUGUGUUCACACCCCACUACUCGGAGAAGAUUCUCAUGUCCCUGCGCGAGAUCAUCCGCGAAAGCGACCAGUACACGCGUGUGACCGUGCUCGAGUAUCUUAAGGCGCUGCACUCGGACGAGUGGGAUAACUUUGUCAAGGACACCAAGAUUCUGGCGGAGGAGAACUCGUCCAACUUUGGCCAGGCUUCAGCCUACGGCCAGGCGCUGGCACAGGACGCCGACAAGGCUGAGGCAAAGAUCAAGACCGAUGAUCUGCCCUUCUACACCGUCGGCUUUAAGAGCGCCGCGCCCGAGUUCACCCUGCGCACGCGCAUCUGGGCGUCUCUGCGCUCGCAGACGCUGUACCGUACGAUUUCCGGCUUUAUGAACUACGCCAAGGCGAUCAAGCUGCUAUACCGCGUCGAAAACCCUGAGAUGGUGCAUUUGUUUGGCGGCAACGGCAGCGAGCGUCUUGAGCAGGAGCUCGAGCGCAUGGCCCGCCGCAAGUUCAAGUUUGUUGUUGCCAUGCAGCGCUUCCUCAAGUUCAACAAGGACGAGCGCGAGGCUUCAGACUUUUUGAUGCGCACCUACCCCGAUCUGCAGAUUUCGUACCUCGAGGAGAUCCCCUCUCUCGAGGAGGGCGGUCUGCCGCGCAUUUACUCGUGCCUGAUCGACGGACACUCGGAGGUCGGCCCUGAUGGCCGCCGCAAGCCUUACUAUCGCAUCCAGCUGCCCGGAAACCCGAUUCUCGGUGACGGCAAGUCUGACAACCAAAACCACUCAAUCGUGUUCACCCGUGGCGAGUACCUGCAGCUCAUUGACGCCAACCAGGACAACUACCUCGAGGAGUGCAUCAAGAUCCGCAACAUCCUGGGCGAAUUCGAGGAGUACAACCCACCGACCGUGUCACCCUACUCGCCUGCUGCCGAGCCGCAGCCGCCACCGGUUGCGAUUGUUGGUGCCCGCGAGUACAUUUUCUCGGAGAACGUUGGUGUUCUUGGUGACGUCGCCGCCGGUAAGGAAGCGACCUUCGGCACGCUGACCCAGCGCAUCAUGGCUGAGAUCGGAGCACGUCUGCAUUAUGGUCACCCUGAUUUCGUUAACUUUAUCUUUAUGACCACUCGCGGCGGCAUCUCCAAGGCGCAAAAGGGUCUGCAUCUCAACGAGGAUAUUUACGCCGGUAUGAACUCGUUCACCCGCGGUGGCCGUAUCAAGCACACCGAGUACUUCCAGUGCGGUAAGGGUCGCGAUCUGGGAUUCUGCUCGACGCUCAACUUUAUCACCAAGAUUGGUACCGGUAUGGGCGAGCAGAUGCUGUCGCGCGAGUACUACUGGUUGGGCACCCAGCUCCCGCUGGAUCGGUUCUUGACCUUCUACUACGCGCAUCCGGGCUUCCACAUCAACAAUAUUAUGAUUAUGUCGUCGGUGCAGCUGUUCAUGCUCUGUAUUAUGCUUAUCGCCUCGAUGAACAUCACGACGGAUAUCUGCAUCGGUGAUAUCGACAUGUCGGACCCGAACUAUGCCAGGUACCUCACCAAGGGCUGCUUCCUUAUCAAGCCCCUCGGCGACUGGAUCAGCCGUACAACGCUGGCUAUUCUCCUUGUGUUGCUGAUUGCCUUCUUGCCGCUGUUCCUGCAGAUGCUCACUGAGCAGGGCUUUGCGCGUGCCGUCUCUCGUCUGGGAAAGCAGUUCAUGUCGCUGUCGCCGCUAUAUGAGGUGCAGGUGACGCAGGUGUACUUCAACUCGCUCAUGACCAAUUUGUCGUAUGGUGGAGCUAGAUACAUUGGUACUGGUCGUGGUUUUGCUACAUCGCGCCUGUCGUUCUCGACACUGUUUUCGCGGUUCUCGGAUUCGUCCAUCUACUUUGGAGUCAGGCUGCUGCUUCUGCUGUCGUUCUUCUCUGCGGCAUACUGGAAGUGGCCUGUGGUCUACUUCUGGAUCUCAAUCGCAGCCAUGUUGAUCACGCCGUUCCUGUACAAUCCCCACCAGUUCGUCAUGACUGACUUUAUCAUUGACUACCGCGACUGGCUGCGCUGGCUGGGUGCGGGUAAUAGCUCGUCCAACACCAACUCGUGGAUCUCGCACUGCCGCCUGACGCGCAUCCGGAUUACCGGCUACAAGCGCAAGCGCCUCGGUGAGAAGACACCGACGACUGGUUUCAUCUCACGUGCUCACAAGGCGAACAUUUUCUUCAUGGAGAUCUUCCUGCCCAUCUUUAUGGCGCUGAUCAUGCUUAUCUCGUACACAUUCAUCCACAGUGUGUCCAACGUUGCCGAAGCCGAGGAGAACAACGGCGAGGUCAACUCGACUCUGAUCCGUAUUCUGAUCAUCUCAAUCGCGCCUAUUGUCAUCAACUUUGGUCUGACGAUUGUCUUCUUCUUUGUGUCACUGAGCAUGGGUCCGUGCUGCGCCAUGUGUCUGCCGCAGUUCGGCCAGGUCAUCGCCGGCUUGGUGCAUGGCAUUGCAGUGAUUAUCUACAUCGCUGUGUUCUUCUUGCUGUGGAUCCUCGAGGGCUGGAACCUGACGCCAACGAUCAUGGGUCUUGUGUGCCAGGUCUUUGUCGAGCGCGCGAUCUUUGCGAUCCUGCAGCACCUGCUGUUGUCGCGCGAAUUUGGCGAGGACGAGACUAACGUUGCGUGGUGGACUGGACGCUGGUAUGGCAAGGACAUGGGCGGCUGGGUGUUUACACUGACCAUGCGCGAGUGGAUGUGCAAGGUUAUCGAGUGCUCGGUAUUCACCGCCGAUGUGUUCACUGGUCACAUCAUCAUGUUCUUCCUGUCCAUCUUCACGCUGGUUCCCUGGAUCGACAAGUGGCACUCCGCCAUGCUGUUUUGGCUGCGCCCAUCGCGCCAGAUCCGCCCACCGAUCUACUCGCUCAAGCAGCGCAAGCAGCGCCGCCGCUCUGCUAUCGGCUACGGUAUCCUGUUCACCAUCGUGUUUGUCAUCUUCCUGGCGCUGAUCAUCGCUCCAGUGCUGCUGAAGCCCGAGUUCUCGCUGCCCGACACCCUGACCAAGUACCUCAAUGGCCGCUUCUAA